AUGGCACGCCACACGCAUGCCUUGGGAGCGUGCUGCCGGCUGAGAGGAGGCUCCUACCCUUUGGUUGACAAGCACAUCCGGAAGGAACGAAAGUCGGAAUUUGAGUGGAGAAAACAUCUCCAGCUGCAGUCAUGGCACUUUUCAGCCAGUGAGCAGCAGAGGGAGCUGGAGCCGGUCAGGAGGAGGAAGUUGAAGACUUUGCUGAGCUUUCAGAGGUUCUGCCACGCUUCGCGCCUCCUGAGGGGGGCGCCGCCGCGCGGUCCCGAGUCCCUGCAUCUGGUGGACUCCGACUACCUGGGCCAAGCUGCCCACAUGCUCUCGAAAGUGAGCUCGUGGGACUUUGACGUUUUCCUCUUCGACCGCCUUACAAAUGGUAACGGCCUGGUGACGCUGAUGUGCCACCUCUUCAACGUCUACGGCCUCGUUCAACACCUGCAGCUGGACGUGGUCAAACUGCACCGCUUCCUCAGCAUGGUUCAGAGUGACUACCACUCUCAGAACCCCUACCACAAUGCCGUGCACGCGGCCGACGUCAUCCAGGCCAUGUACUGCUACCUGCAGGAGACCAAGCUAUCAGAGCAGAUGAGUCCACUGGACGUGUUCCUGGGCCUGAUGGCGGCCGCUGCCCACGACGUGGACCACCCGGGCAUCAACCAGCCUUUCCUCAUCAAGACGCAGCACCACCUGGCCUCCCUCUAUCAGAACAUGUCGGUGCUGGAGAGUCACCACUGGAGGUCCACGGUGGGCAUGCUGCGAGAGUCGCGCCUCUUGUCACACCUCCCGGAGGACGUGUCGCAGGGCAUCGAGCAGCAGCUGGGCUCGCUCAUCCUGGCCACCGACAUGAGCAGACAAGGCGAGUUCCUGCUCGGCUUGCGGGCGCAUUUGGAUCAGCAGGACUUGGAUCUGCACUUGGCCCCGCACAGGCACUUUAUUUUGCAGAUCGGCCUCAAGUGCGCUGACGUGUGCAAUUCGUGUCGCGUUUGGCCGCUCAGCAAGCAGUGGAGCGACAGAGUGUGCGAGGAGUUCUUCAGACAAGGGGACCUCGAGAGGAAGUUCAACUUGGAGAUCAGCCCGCUGUGCGACCAGAGAGCCGACUCCAUCCCGGCCAUCCAAACCGGCUUUAUCUCGUAUAUCGUGGAGCCCCUCUUCGCCGAGUGGCGCCGCUUCACCGGACCGAGCGCCCUGAGCCGCGCCAUGACGGCCCACCUGCGCCGCAACAAGGCUCGCUGGAAAAGCCUGCUGCACGACGCCCAACCGCGACCCCCCGAUCCCGAGGAGGGGAUCCCCUAAUGUGCCGUGAGCUGGCAUUUCAUUGUUUUGCGAUGUUUGAAGCGCUGUCCUCCGAACGAAGCGGGAUUUGUUACCAAAUGUCACCGGCAACGCCAAUUCCGUUCCAAAAAGUCAACCUCCUUUUAGUUGUUGGAACGUUGACGACGACUUCAUGAAUGCACCAUUACAAGAAACUGAAUUCGGUCAAUGUGGUAGUUGAAAGGAGUCGAGCGUGAGGGCUCUAGCGGUACACUGCCGUCCAUUUCUGUUGCAACUUGGCAGCACGCUGCAGGACUUCUUCCAAAACGGGUUGGUGUUCAGCAUAGAAGGGCGAGCCCAGAAAAGACGUCGAAGCGUUUUUUUUUUCCUCAGUCGCUGGCAUUCGACGAAGCCUCGAAGGGCUUUUUGGGAAACAUUUUGCCACUGCCUGCGUUACCGUUGCGUUGCCAAUGCGUUGCCUUCCCCGGUUGCCUUCAGCUGCUCAAAUGCAGAGACGCCAGGCGAGGCCUUCGUAGGAUUAUUUAGACUGAAGCCUCACUUUUAUUUGAAGAUUUUAUUCGCAAUUUUCCACACUCCCAAAAUAGUUUGAAAAGGUUUUAAGAAAAUUAGAGCAAAAGUAGACUGGAUAGAUUGUUUUUUUUCUGGGGCCUAUAAAAAAAUCCAGUUGAAAAAUAACCCUUUUUUAGUUCUAAAUAUGUCAUUUAUUUUUAUACUAUUUUCUACGAGUUGAAAAGCAUCGUUACACUAUGUUGUAUGAAAUAUUUUUGGUUGUCGCUGUGCCAUAAAAACGGUCUUAAAAUGUUUGUAAGUGAUUAUUUUUUAUCGACAGCAGAGGUUUGCCAGGCAAGGACUUUAUUAAGGAGGGGGCCUCAAAUUUACUGGUCUCCAUAAAUAUUUUUUUUUAUUAUAGUUUAGGACCCCGUGGACACUGUGAACGAUAAAAAAAUAUUUGCCUCCAUAUCAUGAUUUGUACGGUCCCCCCGCCUUUUUUUUUUUAAAUAAAUGAUUGUCUUGCAGCGAGUGGCCGUUAGGCGGCAGCAGAGUAGCACGAAAAAGCUGCAUGUGUCGUGCUCCGCAAAAUGAAGUCAAUUAAAAUCUGAAAACAAAAAAAGGGGUUCAACGCGAGCUUUAGGUUGGUCACUCAUGACCUCGCACUCUUCUUCUUGUGCCUCAAAUUGAUCCCAAGAAAAGUCGA